AUGAAAGUGACAGUGUGUUUUGGUGCUGUGCGAGUGUUGGUACCUUGUGGGGCUGGCGACCUUUUGGUGAGGGACCUCGUACGGGAAGCAACGCUGCGAUAUAAGAAAGCCACUGGACAGUAUUGUGAAGAGGCAAUUAAACUAGCUGAUGCUCAUGUCUUCGCUAGGAUGACUGAUGAUGAUGAGUUUAAAUCAGUUCAGCGGUGCGUGAAGAUAAUACUAUUGCAUUUAUUACAUACGAUAGUUAAGGAUUAUGAGAAACCUCUGUACAAAACUGAGCCCCAAUCUCUUGCUGCAGUCAAACUUUAA